UGGGAUUUAUGGGGACCCAUAUAGACAUAAUGUGCAUUCACAAGGUCACUGUUGGCCGGCGUCGAGUCAAUCAUUCACGCGUCGAUGCGUCGCUUCACCAUAGCCAUGCAGGCGUCUGUGUGUCUGUGUGUCGACUCGCCGGCCAUGUGGUCCUGGACUGAGUACAGCAACAAAAUGCCGUCGUGACACUGACACACACCAUAAUCCGUGUGUGCGUCUGCGUGAGUCCGUCGAGUGGGAACGGGCCGACCUGUUUGUGUCCGAUUCCGUAAGUGACGAGCAGUUUCUCUGCGAACGAGUUGGCGUAUGUGUUGAGUUCCGUUCGUUCGUCGUGCUUGGCCCUCUUCUUGUCCUUGGCGAGUGAGUAGGGCAGCUUGGCCAUGAGUGCGAUGGCCAGUUGGUAGAAGGUCUUGCCGAGGCUUCCACAGGCGUGCUGCGUCUCCAGCCUGAACUUGAGCAGUCGCGUGUCGACGUCGUUGGCCUCGUCGUCGGUGAGCCAUCCGUCGGGGUCACACAGCCAGAUGGUCUCCCCCGCCUCGGCCGCCUCGCCGCGGUUGCAGCUCGUGGGGUCCAGGAACGGACUCGGGUAAGUGGACAGUGACCACUCCCUGCAAGCACCGUAUCGCACGGUCACACACACAAAACAGACAGAGAAGGCGUGAUGUGGGGAUGAGUGAAUGAAUCAGGGUGUCGUGCUCGGUGUUUGUGUUCCUUUCUCACUUGUUCUAUAUAUACGGACCGGCACUACAUGGCCCCCACAUCCAUUUGUCAGCGCUGCUGGAACUUGAGCACCUCGUCGCCAACACAGACCCAGCCAGGCCGCAACUCACUGAACGGACAUCCAUCAAAGACACCCACACACCUUGUUUGCUUGUUGGACUGCCCUUUUCGUUGGAGCCUUACCGUGCAAAAAUCUCCAUCAUAUCAAAUGGUCCACUGAUCAUCCCUUCGCCAUUUCCACCACCAAACCCCAAUGCCGGGCCGAUAACGUGGCGCCACAGCACAUCCGGGGGCGGCUUCCGCGAGUGCUGCCUCUUGGACGACCACACAAGGCGCACCUUCCCCCUCUGAUGCUCUGCCGAGGGAGCACAUGGCCGUCCGAUUAUCAGCUGCUCGUACGGCUUGCGAUGGGGCGACUUGAAGGGGCUGGUUAGCUUCAAUCCAUUGGUGAAGUCGACCUUGACCCACACGACCCUCAGCAUCACUUGACGGAUGAGUUCGCGCGUGACGAAGGCCUCGAAGGCAGGGUUGUUGGUGACCCAUACGGCCAGAAGGCCUCGGUCAGGGCAGGGGAAGAACGUGGAGUAGGGCUGGCAGCGGAGAAUCGAGUACAGCUCCUCCUGACCUACAUGCAUAUGCACCCGACGACAACACAGACAGACAUACAGACAGACAGUCGAGUCGAUUGGAAGAGCAUGUGACUAUCAUGUGAGCGCUCACCAGGUCUCUGGUAGGCCUUGCUGCGCUUGACAGAGUGACAUCGCCACGGGGGAUCCAUCUGCAAGAUGCACACACACAAAGCAUCAUCUCAACCCACGAAUCUCUUCUCUCCUUGCUCACCAGCACGAAUCUGAAUCCCUCUCUGGGUCUGAUAGAGCCCAACCUCUGCCAAGGGUCCCCUCCCUGCUGAUCUCCUGCGGCCGUCAGGCAGGUGAGCAUGAAUGCUGACCUCUCCGGCACGGAAUAGACGCCCUGCCCUCCGUCCCUGUGUGUCAGCUGGAGGCUGACGGCGGCGUCCGAUGAAUUGACCACCAGUCUGUCGACGAGCUGACCGAUCUCCAGGGGAGUGGCGGAGUGGCUGGGGCUGAGAAUGAGGGGAUGGAGGGCGGGCGGACUCCAUUGGCGGCACGCAGCCGCCAGGUCCGGCGAAUGGUUGUCAUCUUCUGGCAGUGGCCUCUUUCGUGCUGAGUCCGAAGCGGGAGCGGAAGCAGGACCAGGUCCCUCUGCCGAGCCUGUCUGGAGCCACUGCUGAAGCACAGCUAGCUCCUUCUCGAUGAGCUCAUGAAGCCGCUGUUGGCUCCACUCCCUCUCAUCGUCCUCUGCUGGGAGAUCUGCAUCUGCCGCUUUCGCCAGAUGGGAAGGAUGCCCUGGAGCAGGAUCUCUCUCAUGUAGCAACACUGUUGACACUGAAGUGACCCAGUAGGCGCGAAGGAAGGGCAUUUGCUCAAAAG